AUGAAUUCUACGACCAGUGAAGGGUUGAAUAGUACAACUAUACACGGACAACUUCCAAAUGUCAGUACGGCAAACAUCAUCGGGUUUUCUCUCGCCUUUUUCAUCGUAGGUCUCACAGGGAUCGUUGGAAAUGCUCUUGUCAUAUACGUGAUACUUGCUGAUAAGAAGAUGAGACAGUCAAUGACAAACAUGCUCAUCAUCAAUCUCGCAAUAGCUGAUGGCAUUGUUUUAGUUUUUGGCAUACCGGAAAUUGUACAAUUUAUGUUAAAUCGAGGCUGGAUACUUGGAGAAGUCAUGUGCCGUUUGGAGCGUACGUUACUGGUCGUUGGACUGUAUGUGUCUGUUAUGACACUGGUUUCCCUUUGCAUAGAAAGGUACAUUGCAAUCAUCUUCCCUAUAAAAGCACACCUGAUGUGUACUCGCCGACACACGCUCAUUGUCAUAGUGGUCAUUUGGACGUUGUCUAUUGGCUGUGGGAGUCCAACCUUGUUGUUUAAUCAAGUGAUAGCCAGCGAUCGUUACCAGGACACGGUAGAAUUCUGUCAGAUCAUACUUCCAGGACACGGUGUCGGAAGCUACAUCCUCUACAAGUAUGUGGAGGCGACAUUAUUUUACUUCAUCCCGCUCAUCAUUCAAGUAAUUUGCUACAUCGUGAUUGGGAAAACCUUGUUCAUAGGAGUUGAAGAGCUUCACGGCAAUGGCCGUCAGAACGUUGACCACAAGCGUUUGUCUGAUGCGCUUAAACGACGUCGAGCUGUAGUUAAGAUGCUUAUUGCUAGUGUGUUGAUCUAUUUCCUCAGUUAUUCUCCCCACCAGAUUCUCUUGGUGUACAAUACCUUUAGGCGGUCGUCCUUCCAGGAUACAUGGGUUUAUCUUGUAUUUGUCACUAUUCUAGCUUACGUCAACUCGGCUGCCAAUCCUAUCCUGUACUGUAUCUUUAGCCAGAACUUCCGGAGUCAUUUCGCCGAGUUACUACUGUGCUGCUUUAGAUCAAACUAUGAAGGAUCGAAUAGUAAAAAUAAUGUGAUAACACUCAAUUCAGAAUAUACUAUUCUUUUGAAAAGAAAUACUCAAAAUAGUAAGGUCCAAUACGGCAUCAGUGAUGUUUGA